AUGGGCUUCUAACCAGAUUAUAUGCAAAUGAAUCUGAGAGGAGGAGGUGCAUUCUGUAGUUAAUUCAUAAAAAAGGAAAGAAGGAUGAUGGACUAGGUUAAAAACAAUAUCAUCAUGACUAUAAAGGAAAAUACUAAAUAAUUAAUGCAAUUAUCAUAAAAAUUUUAAGAGGCUCCUUAAUUUCAGGAAUAAGCAAUAUAAGUUAUGAACAUAUUACUCAGUGAGAACAAAAAAUUGUAACAAUCAUAUAUUAGAACAACUAUGUGCUAUUUAAUUACAAUAGAUAAUGAGAAUGAUAUUUAUGACAUCCUAUUGGAUGGUCUCAUAUCAUUAGAAGCCUUUAUUAAACAUUAAACUAUUAAGGCUCAUUAAGUGAUUUAUUUCUGUCUUGAUAUAUUCUACAUCGUAUAUUAAUUUCAAGUAAGACUAAAAGGUUCCUUUUUGCCUCAUUAACAUCGUAAUUAAUAUGCGACUGCUAUUGAAAACUUGUAAAAUGCAGCAAUAGCACAAAAUCUUUUCAUUUAUGAAAUAUCAAUUAUUGAAAUAGCAUAUGAGUAUUGCCAAAAGGAUCAAUACUCUCCUUUAAAAUUUCGGAAGGAUUUAUUCAAUAAUCCAAAAACGUUUGAUGUGCACACAUUGUUUCAGGAAAAUCAACAAUUAUUAAAUUAUAAAUUUGAUUCAAAUUAGAAUGUGAAAGAGAUCAACCAUUUUGAACUGUAUUGCUUUUAUUAAAGCAUAAAAUGGGCUGUAAUCUUGUAGGUUCAGAUUCCGAAUCAACCAGCACUUCUAAUUCCGAUAAGGAUUCUUGAAUACACCUUUUCUUAGCAUUUAUUAAACGAAUACUCCUUGCUUCUGACCUAAUAUUGGAUCCAAAUAGUAUUCGAUCUAAUCGCUUAAGCACAAUAUGAACCUAUUCAUGGUAAUCAAAAUUCUAUGUUGGUUCAUAAUAAAUUUAAGGAAUUAUCAAAAUUUCUAAUUGAAUACUAUUUGAAAUUCUACGCAUAACUUAAAGUAAAGGAUAGUAACAUAGAAAACCUAAUAAUUAAUCCCUAUUAUGAAGUGAUAACAUUUUUAUCAAAGUAGGCUUAGUAUUUAAAAGUUGUGAUUGACAAAAUAAAUUUAAUAAUAAAGAAGUUUAAAAAUCAAUCAAAUUUAUAGCUGUUGACCAAGUUGAAAAACUAAUAUUUUAAGUUUGUUUACCUAACAAAUGAAAUCUACUAAACUGUUGUUUUGGAAACACAAAAACUUAAAUUAGUGAACAACAAUGAAUCCCAAGAUUUCGAUGAAAUUUCUAAAGAAUAUUUUAAGGAAAUUCCCAAGAUUAAUUAAAAGAUAUUUGGAUUGAUUAUUGGGAUAGAAUAAUCAAUUAAAAAUCCUGUCGGCCCCUAAAAGAUUGAGGUCUCUGAAGAAAUUUAGUUUCCAAAGAUUAUCUAUUCUUUGAUUGAUAGUCUCAGAAUAUAUAAAGAAGACUAAUACUAUCAGUACGCCAAGAUAUAAAGACAAAAAUAAUUGAUUAAUGGGGGCAAUCCACCUUAAGCCAAGGAGGUCAUUGAUAUAAAAGUUCCUAUCAAAUCAGCUAUAUUAAUGGCAACUUCUAGAUUUUCUGAUGGUUUCUCAAAUUAAAAGGAAAUUAGUUAAAUCAAUAAUGACACAAACCUUUCACUAAGAUCUGACUAAUUAAUUUCAUUAGAGGAUUUAAACAAAUUAUAAUUGAACUGUUUCAAAUGGGACGUGAUAUUGAAAAACAAAAGCAUGCACAAGGAGAACAAAAAACAAAUUUUACCUUAAUAUCGGAAAGGAAUGGAGAAGUUAGAUCUUCCUGAGGCUGCAAAGUGGAAUAUAUUGAAGGAGAAUCUAAAUGACUAAGAAUAAGAAAUAAAAAAGGAUAUCAAAGAAAUUAACCUUAAUAUUUAAUCCUUAAUAACUUUUAAAGAAAAUGUGAGUAGUUAUAUAUAUGACGUUAUCCAUGAACCCGAUGAAGAAAAAAAAAAAAUCAUACUUAAUAAAGCUUUUUAGGAUCUUACAAAAUUAAUUAAAGAUUUAAAAUUGGAUCGAUUAAAUGGAGAUUUCUAAAUGAAAAAUGAGAGAAAAAUUCCAGAUAUCAAUCAUUAGAUAACAUUUGAUGAAUUAAAUAAAUUAGAAUUAAAUUAUUUUACAUUACCAAAAGUUAAGAACUAGAAAUUGGAUUAUAAUGACCUCAACCUUAUCAAUAGGAAAUCGAGCUAUAUAUCUAAAAUCCAGUACAUAUUGAAUAAAAGUUUUAUUGGAGAUGUGCAAAUGAUUCUUAAAAAUGAAAUCGCACGUGAAUAUAUCCCAAAAAAGUUUUUGAUCAGUUAAAUUUUUGAAAAAGAUUCUAAUUCUAGAUUAUUAUAUCGCCAUACUCAGCCUGAAUGGAAGAAAGCAAUUUAAGAGUUGACUCAAAAUAAUUUAGUUAGCGUAAUGAAAGAGUUGCUUAGGGAUAUGCAAGAAUUAUAGGCUGAAGUAAGUAACUUAGAUGAGGAAGUCUAAAAUCACAUGAUUGAUCUUAACUCAUUGAUAAAUAAUUUUAAAAGUACAAAUUAAUUGAUAAUUUCAUUGGGCCGAAAUGAAGAUGAAAUAAAGAACCUGAUUCAAGAAAUAUCUCAAUUCACCAAAAAAAUGGAGUAAGAACGAAGACAACAAAGAAAAAAAAAAAUCAAAAAACCUGAAGUGUUAAACAUUGAACCUGCUAAAGGUUAUUAAGAGUGCAUCGAAAAUUAUAAAGUAGUACAAUUGAAGAGAAAGUUGUAACUUGAUACCUGUAAUUGUUAAAUCAAUCCAAUAUAUGUUGAAUAAAGAUUCAAAAUUAAAAAGUAUAAUGAAGAAGAGAAAAUAUCUUAAGAGUUAAUUUAUGUAAAUUCCUUAUAAUAAUUUUAAUUCGAAUGUUAUUGUGAGGUCAAUGAGUUUCUUUAGAAUGAUAAAGGAUGGUGCGAAGUGUUAUUACUUUUUGGUUCUUAGGGAUCCGGUAAAAGUCGAGAGUUAAGAAUUAUAUAGAAUAAAUUAUGGGGACAAUACUAAUCAUUGGGCUGGUUUCCUAUUUUAAUAUCUUUAUCUUCAGUUACAUAAAAUAAUAAAUUAUUUCUUGGGAAAUUAAUGUAGAUUUUUUUAAAUGAUUAACAUUAUAAUGAUUUUAUAAAGGCAGUCAACUCCAAAUAAAUAAAGGUCUUAUUUUUACUAGAUAAUAUAGAUGAAGUAAAAAUAGACAUUGUAAAAUAGAAUUUAAUUAAACUCAAUUUUCAACAUAUAGGUAUUGACAACAAAUUGAUUGGAAAAACAGUGAAAUUCAUAGCUUCAGCAAGAUCUGAGCUUAAAGACUUAUAAAAUUAUUAGUCAUAUUUGUCGUAUAAUCAUAAUAACAUAAAUUUGAUGACUGAGAUCGAAUUGUUGCCAUUUAACGAUGAUUAAAGAAAACAAUAUUUUUAAUUGUAUCACUAAAUAAGCAUCAAAAAAAUAAUAUUUAAUCAUUUUAUAAAACAUAGUAAUAACAAAGAUCAAUUUGAAAAAAUCUGGGAAACCCUUGAGAUAGACAUUCAGAAAUUUAUUAAUUAACAAGAGCAUGAACCCAAAUAUCUUAUGGAUCCAAAUGAAAAUUAUUUGGAUUUAUAAUAAGCAAUUGUAAAGAGUGGACUGAUAGAAAAUACAUAACAGAACUAUUUUUAACAGAUAGUUCAAGACAUAUCUAGACUUAGAAGUACAAUUAAUUAUUUGGAAAUUAUAAAGAAUCAUCGAUUUGAAAAUCUCACUUAAACACCAUUAUAGUUAGAAUUUUUUGUUUUACAAUUUUCCACAUUGCGAACAGCAUUCAAAGAUAUAUAUUUUAAAGAAUAACUAAAAAAAUCCUAUUCUAGGUUGAAGCAGAAAUAUUCAAAUUCCUCCACAUAACUUCAAAUCAAUCGAUAUUCAGCAUCGCUUAAUGUUCCAUCUUUAAUGUAAAUAUAAAUAGAUCCUGAAGCUGAAAGUGUUGAGAAUACGUUAUAAGUAUUGGAAUAAUAAAAUUUUUUUUAAAAAUAUCAAUAUUUCAAUUUACUAAGAGGCGAUGUUAGAGGAAUUCAAAUGGAUACAGAUGUAUUCGCUAUCAAAAAUGAUUCAAAUAUAGUGAUUGAUGCAUUGAGGGCUAAUAAUUUGACAAUGUAUUAAAUAAUUACAACCUUUGUGGAUGAAUUAAACACAAAGUAUGCUAAAUAACUUAUAGAUGAGAUAGAACCAUAUGAAUUUCAUUACGUAUUCGAGGAGAUUAGCACUAAUUGUAAAAAUUUGGCUUUCUAAAUGACAACAAAAAACAGUCUAGUAACAGAAUUGUAGAUUAUAAGAGAGGAUGAUGAAGCUGAGGAACAAUAAUCUGAGUGUGAACAACUGCAGUAUAACCCUUAUUUAAUAAUAAGAUAGGGAAAUGUUUGUAGCUUUAAGAAUAAGAUUAUACAAGAAUAUUACUUUGCCCACUACUUAGAAAGGAUUUUAAUCAAAGAAAGGAUGAUAAACGAUAUAUCGAAUAGUGAAUUAAAUAAAGUUAAUUUGACAGAAAGUAAUUUUACAGGUGCCUUGAAUAUUUUGAGGGAGGACCUUCGAAAGACUGAGAAAAUCAAGGAAAAAUUAAUUAAAAUCAUAAAAAUGUCAUAAGAUUCUCAAUAUACGCGUGUUUCAUCUAAUUGCAUGUAUUUGAUAUCAUUCCUGAAUUUCAAUCUUGGGGGAGAGGAUCUUUAGAAUAUUCAUAUAUCAGAUACAAGUAUUUCUGGGAUCAGUUUUUUUAAUUGCAAUUUAAGUGGAUCUGUAUUUAAAAAUGUGAUUAUCAAUAGAUGUAACUUUGACUUUGCUAAAUUGAAUAAUGUUAAGUGGUCUAAGAUCUAAAUUGCAGAAACAGCAAGCCUAUAACAAAAAGAGAAAGUAGAAUAAGUAGCUUUUACUCCUGAUGGAAACUACAUGAUUUCUUUGAGUGCUGUAGUGUUGAAAAAAUGGGAUUGUAGAACUUAUGAACUAAUUAGUCAAGUAAAUCAAGAUAAGGCAGAUCAUUUUCAAUCUUUGGCAAUAUCGAAUGACCAUUUUGCGUACAAUAAAUAAUAUGUAGCAACGUGUUCUUAAAAAGAGAUUGUUUUGAGAGAUUUAAACACUUUGGAUGACAUUCAAUAUAAAACUCAAAUAACUUUCCAACCUAUCAAUGCUUUGCAGUUUUCUCCUGAUGCAGAAAUAAUGGGUCUAAUUGACUCUAAUGGAGGAAUGAGAUGUUGGAAGUCCGACGGAUAAUCACUUUAAACUAAGUAGGUUGGGGUAGAAAAUAUUAUUAGGCAUUCCCCUUAACCUUUAUACUAAAUAAACAAGAUAGCAUUUAAUGAAAGUAAUAGUUACUUCUUGUUUAAAGGUAAUUCGAACUUGAUAUUAUUUGAAUUAUAAAGUUUAAGAGGUGAUCCAGUAUAAUCAAUUGAAGCAGAUUUAUUUAAUGCUUCAUUGAAUGGGAAAACCUUUGCAAUUGCUAAUAAGGAAGAUGUUAUUUUUUAUAACUGGUAAUGUCAGAAUUUAAUUGAAACAUAUAGGAUUAAUUUCAGAGUUUAAAUUUUGUAGUUCAUAACUUUCAACUCAAAAUUGCAAAUUGGCAUAUAACUUAAGGAGGAUUUAGUGCUAUGGAAUACUCAAGACAAUUGUAUUUAAAGAAUAUUUAAAGGCUAUCAGAAAACCCAAUGUUAUAAUAUUAAUCCUGAAAUGAAUGUCAUUGCCUAAUGGAAUGACAUUAACGAGAUCAUUAAAAUCUGGAAUAUGGAUGAUAUAAAGCCAAAUAAAUAUUAUUAAAUUUUUGAUAAUGAAGUAUUAAAAGCAGAAUUCUCAUAUAAUGGGCAGUUGAUCAUUUUAUAAUUGUAAUCCAAAAUAAUAUUUUGGGAUUGUCCAAAUGAUGAAUGCAUUAACAUUCUAAAUGAAUAAACUUAAUUCUGCUUUUCCAAAUAAGGUAAUUAUAUGGCUACAUAAUGGUCUCGUCAUGGCAUUAUAUUGUGGGACAGUACCAACAUUUACGACCUCAGACGCUUAUAAAUAAUUCAUGACAUCUAUUCAUUUAAGAAUAUUUUCUUUUCCACUAAACAAGAACUAUUAGCACUUAUAACAGACGACCGAGAACUAAUGAAGACUUGGAAAUUGGCAUCUAUUAUUAAGGGAAGCAAUAAUGAAAAUGAAUAAAUCGCCAUCAAUUCAGAGUUCGGUGACAUAGUCUGCGUAGCUAUCUCUGGAGAUGAUAGUUAAAUUGCUUAUGUUGGGAUUAGAGAACCAAAGAGUAUUCAGAUAUAUGACAAAGAAAAAGGAGUCAUAUUGAAAAAACUGACUCAUUAUCAAUAGAUUUUGUCAAUUGAGUAUUCUAGCAAUGGAUAAUUACUUGCAUCAAGAAGCUAAGAUGAAUCUAUUAGAGUUUGGUAUAUAAAAGAGUCAGGUUAAAAUUUUAUUCCUUUGAGGAUCAAAUAUAAUCCAAAUUUAUUAGAUAGUUAACAUAUCUGUACCUGGAUACCUAUUUUUGAAAAAAUCAUAGCAUCUAAUGAUGGAGAUCAAAUAAUCUUAUGGGAAAUGCUUUAUUCUAAUUAUACCACAUUAUUGGAGGAGAAGAUGAGAUUCGUAUAAUCGAAUGGCAAUCUAAAUGAGGAAUUUUAAACUUACUCCAAAACAUCACUUGUUGCUGAUGAUUGCAAAGGUUAGGAAUGCCUACAAGUUUCAUUUUCUCCAAAUGCAAAAUACAUAGCAGCAUCAUAUUUUCCACUAAACAACACAAGAUUUGAAGAAGCAGAAAGAAAUACCACAAUAAAUAUAACUCCAAGAAUAAUAAUUUGGAAGUUGGAGGAUAAAACUGUAGUCUAAUCAUUUGUACUUACAUUCUGGCAAAGAUUUAAUUUUUCUUCCGAUUCAUCAUCGAUUGUAUCUCUUGAGUAUGAUGAAGUAAAUAAAACUAAUAAGCUUAAAUUUGACCCAAUAAUUCGGAAUGCUGAUACUGUCUCAAAUUAUAUAGAGAUGGGAUUCAAUCAUCCUUUUAAUUAUGUGACAUUCUCUCCUAAAUUUUAAUAAUUUUUAGCUGUGAGGGAAGAAAAAGGAUUUAUCAAUCACAUAGUUCUAUUCACUAUUUUCGAUCAGUAGCUAAUCUUAUUAGAUUAUUUUCAGGUUCCUUAUGGACUGGCUGUCACUUUUAAAAACGAUGGUGAGUUCCUAGUAUACUCAGGUAGAGAUACUAUCUUAAUAAAGAAAAUAUAUAAUGUUGAAUAGCGGACUGAAGUCAGACGACUUAAAGCAGAAAAUCAUUGGUCACAAAUUAUAUCUAAGUCUAAUGAUAGCACUUUCUUUGCUUUUUGCGAUGAAAAACGAUAAUUUAUCUUGUCUACAUAUGAUAAAACGGUUCAAUAUGAAAAUGAAAUGCUAAAUUUUCAGAUUCUUUCAGUUUCAUUUGAUUUGAAAAAUCAUACGAUGGCAUGUGGAGGAGAAGAAUUAAAUAUUGAAUAAGGUGCUGAGAAAAAAGGAGUUGUUAAAAUAAUAGAUAUUCACAAUCUAGAAGCCCUUGAUGUGCUUCAAAACAUAAUUUAUGCAUACAAGGUUAUACAUGUCAUCUUAUCAGACGAUGGAACUUAUUUAUUAAUUUAAGAGUAGGAUUGUUAAAUUUAUUUGCUGAAAAAAUAAAAAGACAUUGAUCAAUAUUAGAUUGAGUUCAUGCUGGAUUAUGCGGUAGGUAUAUUAAAUGCUUCUUUCUCAUCAAAUUAAAAUGAUUUCAUCAUAUUAAUAAAAGGGGGAAAUGUCUUCUUUUAUAAUUUUAUUGAUUCAUCCUUAAGGUUAAAAAAUGAUAUUAAUAAAGUAUUAAUUCAAUUAUAUCUUUUAAGGAAUCAAAGACUCUAUAUAGGCUGAAAACAAUACCUAAAUACUACGCUAUAUAAGCAAGGAAGUGCGAAUUGGAAGAUGCCAAAAUUUCUACUGAAAAAAGUUCAUUAUUAUAAUUAUUUAAAUGCUACGGUGCCCAUUGA